AUGCUGUGUAGGCUGCCGACUUUGUUCGAUUAUGAACUAACUGAGAGUUUGGUUUCAUGUAAGAACCCACCUAAGGCGACGAGUUCCAAGACCACCUUGACCCCCGACUCCUCGGAGGACGACAAGGUCGAAAUUUUGAUGGCGGUGGCUUUACCCCUCAAGGCGCCCGAAGGACCGUACAAAAAUUCCAAGAAGUCAAAGGAAGAGGUGGGUGACGAGGUCACUAAGAAGUCCAAGGAAAAGAAGGUUGAGAAAAGAGCAGAGAAGGACUCACUGGAGGAGGCAAAGCAAACCGGAACCUGA